AUGGAAGAACAACGACAAUAUAUUAGAAGAAUUAGCAAUCAUAGUUAUAUUAUAAUACAGGAUACAUUAAUAAAUGACUAUCUACAGGAAAUCGACAUAAAAAGACAGCUUUAUCAACCUGUUUAUUCAUCUAGCAGCUUUCAAGAGACAAAGAGAGUAGCUGAAUUGUCAACACUCUCAAAUGGAUUAAAGGUUGUUUCAUUGUCAGGUGGAUUCACUGGACCAGCUGUAUCGUUGGGUCUCUUUGUCAACACCGGUAGCAGAUUCGAAACACAACAGACCGCCGGUGUCAACCAAUUGUUGAAGAAUAUGGUUUUCCAAUCGAAUGCCUCAAAGAUUCACUUGGAAGUCCAACGUGAGAUCGAAGUUAUGGGAUCGACUGCUUUCGCCCAAGCCAGCCGUGACAACCUCUUGAUCUCCACCCAAACCUUGCCAACCUCAUCGCUCCAGAUGCUCUCGAUCAUCGGUGAACUCACCAACCCAACCCUCCCAUACCACGAGGUUCGUGACACCGCCAGCUUCACCAACGAGGAGUCAGAGUCACUCUCACACUGCUCGGAGACUUCGUUGUUUGAGGAUCUCCACAGAGCUGCCUAUCGUGGUCGUACCCUCGGUCGUCCAUUGGUCGCACCAUCAUGCAACUUGGGUAACUUGUCACACGAACAAGUCCAAUCGUACGCCAACCAAAUCUACAGUCCAUCGAACAUGGUUCUCGUCGGUGUCGGUCUUGCACACAAGGAGCUCGUCUCCGAAGCCGAACACAUCACAUUCGGUCGUCAAACUUCCACCGGUUCCUCUGCCGCCAACGUCCAAAUCCCACGUUCGCAAGCUAAAUACGUCGGUGGUGACUCACUUACCUACCAAACCGGAUCGACUUCCGUCGCUUUGGCAUUCGAAGGUUUCGCCGCUUCCGCCUCCACCAAGGAUUUGGUCGCAUCGGCCGUGCUCCAAGCCAUCUUGGGAAGCGGUUCCGUCCAACCAUUGACCGCACCAGGCGCCGGUAAGACCUCGCGUCUCUUCAACCUCCUCGAGAAGUCGAACGGUGCCGUCGAAUCCGCAGAGUGCUUCUCAUUCAACUAUGCCGAUUCCGGUUUGUUUGGUAUCUACGCUAGCGCUGCCGACGCCACCACCGAUGCCGCCACCAUCGUCAAGCAAUUGGUUGCCGAGUUGGUCGCUGCCUCGCGUACCUCUGGCCAAGAGUUGGAGCGUGCCAAGCAAUUGACCAAGAAACACUACUUUGAGUUGUGCGAGCAACGUUCAUCGGCCCUCGAAUUCGUCGGUAAACAAGCACUCUACAACACCAAGGUUUUGACACCAGAAGAGUUUGCUGCUGCUGUCAGCCAAGUCACCGCCGAAGACGUCAAGAGAGUCGCAUCAAAGAUCCUCGCUUCCAGACCAACUUUGGCCGUUCGUGGAAACCUCGAUAACGUACCAACCCAAGACGAAAUUUCAAUUACUCUAGUAUAG